CGAGCUGGGUUUUGUAUUAAGUAGUAUUCCGCCUUCCGCUACAAUUGUAACCCGAGUCUACGUCUGUGUUCAACGAUGGGCCAUGUCAGUGAGACCAGUAGUUAAAAACUGCCAAGGCCAGUCAUGCGUCCAAUAUGGCUCGGUGAUGACGACGAGGUUUCAUGUUUGUUUACACGAGCAACAUAUCACCAAACAUUCGUGGGUAGGCGCACUGACCCGCGAGUGCGUGCCCUGGGUUGUUAUGGGAAAAUCCGAAAUCCACAUGGAAAAGUCUUCGAUUUUUCGUUACGAAAAAGUCGCUGAAGGAUGUUUUGGCGGCAACUUGAGUAACUCGAGCGGCAUAAUCCAAUCUUGCUGUACGGCGCCCGUUGGAGUAGCCCGACAAAUGAAGGAAUGGUCGUAUGUUCGUGAGAGGAGCUUAUUCCAAAGUUCUGAUGUAUGGGAUGGUCGACCAAUGAGCGAGCCCCUGUUCGCGGAAGUGGGAGCCAAAACGGGUACUGGUUCGGCGUGUGCUCCUAUUACUUAGCCCGUAUUUGCCUAAGCUCUAACGAGUAUGGAGUCAUUGGACUGGGGCGGCCCCCAAUGGCAGUUUUGUGCGCUGUUAACCCUACCACCGCUACGACACACCGACUUCCCUUGGACACCCUCCGUCUGAUAUCAAGGCGCCCCGUCACUGGGAGGACGUUCAUGCUAGAUCCAUUCGGGGCGACAUAUUCGCCCUAUUUGAGAGUGGGCACAACGCAUACAACGACACUGCUCACUCUCAGCUGGCUCGUGUUGAGCAAUCCCAACUCGUUCUAAAGCAUUCGUCAUCUCGCUUCCCAGCACGAACACCAAGUCAAGUUCCUCCAAACCAUGUUUACCACCCGACAACGGCGAGUUACCAGCUCCCUCCACGUUUGCGGGCGGAAAAGAACAGGGACAAACAGCGGAACGCUACGGGCCCGAGAAGUCUACCGAGCAACCCCAAUUCUUCUAGACUCAUAUCAAGUCAGCACCAUACGGCCGGAUAUCCGACCGGCUCAGUUACGACCCCCGGAUAUCCUACUGGCCAGCAGUCAACACCUGAAUAUUCAGGUACUGACAGAGAUUCACUUCGCCCAUCUCCGGGGCGUCUCCCUUCACAACGCCCUAGCGAGCCACAAAGGGCCCCAAUGCCAUCCUCGUCUCCGCAUACGCUCGUAAAACCACCUCUUUUGCCUAAAGCGGCACAACAUCAGGCUGCAAGAGAGGUGGCACAGCCGUUGGAUGGCGAUGUAGUUGAUGACGAGAUAGCUCGUAUAUGUCGCGAGAUAAACCAGCCAGGAACAGUUCGGAGGCAGGUUGCCACGAAGGGUGACCCGAAACUUGAGGCACGAAUUGCGCCCGCUCUUUCUUCUGCUCCUACAGCAUCAAUGCCGAGUUCUGCACCUUCGGGGAAAGGAUUGGCUCUCGUGGACCGGGCUUUGUACACUCGUUCCCCUAUCGUGCCAAAUUCUGUCGAGUCUCAGGAGGUUGUGCAGGUGAAUCUCCCUCCGCCGACCGAGUCAAUCCCCAAAUCAAACAAGGGACAAGCUACAAAAGCUACUCCACAAGCCAACAAGGAUCAAGCCAUUAAGACGCCCUCGCAAGCCACUAAGCGAGAAACCAGCAAGACACCCCUUCGCGGCCGGAAGGUCGCCGAGGUGCCUCAAAGAUCCAUCCAGUCACGAGCUCCUAGCUUGUCUCCACAAGAUGUCAAGCGGCAAGGUACCGAGAUCACCUCUCAGAACACCGCGGAACCGACCAAAGAAGCAUUAUCGCAGGGAUCUGAGCGUAAAACUUUCAAGAAAAAGCGAAGGUCGCCGAAGAAUCCGUCUGAUAUGAAAACAAACUCGGAUAUCAUCCAUGUUUCUGGGCUGGACAGUUGCACCCUACCUGAAGUACCUCUCGUCGAUGACGCACAGGGUCUACAUAACGUCAAGUUACCGUCACCUAUCACACGCUCUGCCGAUACGACUCCGGCUGUCCAAUCCAAAUCGUCCAGUGAUGUCUGCUGGUUGUUCUUAAAAGGUAGAUGCCCUUAUAACCCAUGCGAGCGCCUGCAUGUUUCUGCACCUCCCCACGUCUGCAAGGACUGGCUUUUUGGUUUAUGUGAACGAAAUCCAUGUCCCCGGAAGCAUGAGAUGCCGGAUAAGAACGUCAAAUAUCCCCACGUUUGCAAUCUAUGGCUUCGUCGGGGUGUAUGCGAUCGGCAAGUUUGUUACUUUCAGCAUGAGCUUCCGGCAAAGGAGCAAAAGCUACCUUCUCCUGAUAGUUCCAUCGCUGUGAAGCCGGAUCCGCUCCAGGUAACAUUGUUCGACCACACAAAGGUCAAACUGGAUUCAGGUUUCGAGGUUAUCUCCAUCGCUACCGGCUUCGAAAAUCGCUGGGUUCAUGUUGCUGGUAUACCCCCGGAUGUCUCGUGCAAGGCUAUAGAGAAACUUUUGAAAUCCUUUGGUCAAGUAGACCAGCUGCUUGGUCUAGACCCCACUGUCACUCUUAGCAAGAGUCGUUACAUCAAAGUUCAGUAUUCCGCAGCACUCGAGGCUUCCGACGCAGCACAAAAGCUCAACGGGCAUAGCCUUUCCGGUGCUAAGCUCAUCGCCAAAAUCCCGGUUAACAAUACAACCAGGGGAAACGGCGUUCUUGAUGAUACGACGGUCCACUUGGAAUGGAAAGCACCCGGUCGCAUGGCCUAUGUCGGAUACUCAACCCUCAAAGAGGCUAUUGACGCGGUUGAAGCCGCUGACGGCAAAGUCUUCCGAAACCACAUCAUCUCCGCCACCCUAUAUGAUGGCCUACCUUCUGUCGGCGCCUUCAAUGUACUCUUCGAGGGAUUACCACACGACACAAAAGAGGCAGAGCUUCGAGUAUAUGGCACUGCGGAGGCGAUGAUGCUGGAGCGACCCAACUACCAAUCCCUGCAGCAAGCCAUCAAUAACAUCAAGAAAAUGCUGGAGGACUGCGGAGAGCUCUUGUCCUUUGAUGUCAUUCCACCCCCGUAUCGCGAAGGCACGGUCAAAGCAACAGCAAGAUUCAUUUCGUCACGCGAAGCCACCUACGCCCAAGAGCACAUUCACGAACGCAAGCCACAAUUUCUGGGGCGAACUCUGCUCGUGGCUCGACAUGUUCAGUCUUUGGAAUAUCAUGUCGCUCGGCGCACCUUCACGCAAAUCGCCGGGGACCUGAGCCACCUGCGAUGGUCAUGGAACACAGGUCGCAAACAAGGUGUGACUGUGUACAACGCUGGCGAGCAAUGGUCGGGUCCGGUUAAGGUCAAACUCUGCGCAGAGAACGCCAAGGAGCUCAGCGUGCUCAAGGUCAAGUAUGAACGUAUACAAAAGGGCGAGACUGUCGUGGAUGACAAAGUACCUGUAUGGGACGAUCAUUUCUCUCGACCCGCAGGCGUGGAGUUUAUUCGCAUGCUCGACAACGAGUAUCCUCUUGCCCGGAUUAUCGUGGAUCGCUCUCGUCGCAUUAUAUCCGUAUGGGGCCCCAUCGUCUCAAGAACUGUUAUAUGUCGUCGGAUCGUGGGCAAGUAUCGGUAUAUUCAGUCGCGCAGACGUUGGGAAAUACCACUGUCCGGACGGCUAACCUCAAUGAUAGCGAGCAACAGGGUUUACAAGCUGCAGGAUGACUUAGCUCGCGACAGGUGCCGUCUCGAUGCGCCCAACCGGCGUCUUGUAGUGUUCGGCGAACAAAUCUUGUACACGGCGACUUGCCGCCUCAUCGAAAAGUUGCAAGCUUCUCCCGAGCAAAACUCAAGUAAAUCCGCUACCUCUACCUGUCCCGUCUGCUUUGGAGACCCCACCGAUCCCACGUCGCUGUCGUGCGGGCAUGUUUGGUGUCGAUCAUGUCUUUCAGAUUACAUCCUUUCCUCCGUUGACAGCAAGUCUUUCCCUCUUUCGUGUCUGGGAAACGACGCCACAUGUGCAGAGUGCAUCCCCCUGUCCAUCGCACAGUCCCUAUUAUCUGCUGCCGAGUUCGAAUCCAUCGCUCAAGCGUCAUUCUCUGCUUUCGUACAUGCGCGUCCGGACGAGUUCUUUUACUGCCCGACCCCAGAUUGCACCCAGGUCUACCGAGCUUCGGCGCACGACGCGAUCCUACAGUGCCCGUCCUGCCUCGCGCGCAUCUGCUCGGCGUGCCAUGUUGAGGCGCACGACGGGAUGACGUGCGCGGAGCGGGACGCGUCUGAGGAGAAGCUGUUCACGGAGUGGACGGACCAGCACGACGUGAAGCGGUGCCCGAGCUGCAAGGUGGCGAUCGAGCGCAGCGAGGGGUGCAACCACAUGACGUGCACGCGGUGCCAGACGCACAUCUGCUGGGUCUGUCUCGCGACGUUCCACAAGGGCAAGGGCAUCUACGACCAUAUGCGCCAGGAGCACGGCGGGAUCGGGUUAUGAUUUUGGUGGGGUUUUGGUAUCAUUAUGAUUGGGCUUUGGUAUUUAUCCUCAUGUUUUCCUCAUUCCUUCAUUUUCUCGUUCUUGCUUUUGAUCUCCAUUUCGAUUCAACUCAGAAGAACGUUCAGUUUCGCAAGAAGAGCAUCUAUGCUGAAGGUGGUGUACUUGCUAGUUGUACAUGGAUAUCGCGACCUAAGUAUCUUAAAAAGUGUAACGUAUGUAGCGCUAGGAGGAGGAAAGCCGAGUUACAAGUGUAGUGUUCAACAACAAACAACAAGAGAUAAGCACGAGAGUGAGAUAGUGGAGAACAAUAGAUUAUGCGAAUCGUAAAAAAAUACCAGGGGACUAGGCGUAGGUCCAAACGACGAAACUCUCAUAUGGUUGCGCGGGCGGUCUUCCUCGAGAUGGGAGGGAUGUCGGCAGCUCCACAAGUUGUUCAGAAAAGGGCGCGACGGUAUUAAACUCGUCCCUGAAGCCUUGGUUCUCCCUCGGAUAGUCGCGGAGGUCGGGUGGGUACGCCAUGCCUUCGGGCGCGUAGACGAUGUACCCGGUGCGGGUGAGGUGGUCGCCGCGCCUGUUCCAGAAGCCGCAGCGGACGCGGCGGGUGUACUUCUUCGGCGCGGGUUCCUGCGGCGGAGGGGCAGAGGUCUCGAGGCUGAGGCGCUCGAUCGGUGGUGGAGGGAGGGGGUUGUCGCGCGUGGGGACGAGGGCGAGGGCGUUGUGGGGCGUCGAGGAGCGGCGGGAGUGGUGGUAGUCCCGAUCUCUGUCCCUGUCCCUGUCGCGGUCUCUGUCCCUGUAGCCGUGUCGAUCGUGGUCGCGGUCUCGCUCUUUGCUCGAGGACGAGCCUUGGGGCGAGUGCUCGCAUUCUGUAGGAGUGGGGAGGGAGGGUAUAAAGAUCUCUUCGUCUUGUUCUUUCUUCUUCUUGGAGGACUUGCGGCGGUGGGAUCCUUCGGGUAUCGUGGAAAGCGAGGGCUUGCUAUUUAUGCUGUUAAUAUUCGGUUCUGUACGACUGCGGGAGAGAGAGUUGUUAGAAUGAGAGCUGGACUUGUAGCCGUAUUCGUCUGGCUCAUCGUGAAAGGGCGUCAGGCCGAAAGCGGUGGUAGUGGGAGGCUGAGGCGUCUCCGACUUGGUGGGCAGCGAGGACUGUCGGGUGAGUGCCUGGGCAGUCGGUGACGUACGGAGAGGCGACGUCUUGGGUUGACCAUAUACAGAAUAAUUAGGGCUCCGUGAGGUAGGCGAGGGGUUAGAUUGCGUUGAAGACGGCGAGCCGCCGCUAUUCCGCUGUUGCGGCGGGUGCGAUGGGUGGGGUGGACUCUGAUAGUGGGUAGGUGUCCGCACAAUGUUGGGGGUGAACGUCGGCUGGAGAUCUUGUCGCGACCCGUGUUCAGAAUUACGGAGUACAAGAGCAUCCGAAGGCUGUUGCAUCUCUUCAUAAGAAGAUCGAUGGGGAGGAGCGGGGUAUGGAGGCGCUGAAGCUGGCGUGGUUGAACCAGGCCGCUCGCCUCUGAGCAUACGUUGAUACAAUGAGUUGGGAUCGGUAGGCCGGCCGAGGGUUUUACCGGCCUCAGGCACACUCCCAUACGUCUGUUGUCUGCUCUCCGGUCUCGGGGCCGGCUGAGAGGGAGGGGCGGCGGACAUCGGGCGAGUUUGGCCAUAUUGGAUGCUGUCGACAGAGUUAUGGCGGACCGUCGUAGAGUGCGUCCGAUGUCGUGGGCCGCUGCCAUCCUGGACGUCUUGUCGGUAUAGAUCAAGACUCCGAUCUGUGGGGUGCUGAUGAGCAGCACCCUGAGGACCUAGCUGGCUGGGAUAUCCCAGCCGACUCGGGACGUGGCGCGAGCCAUCGUGCGUCGAGCGGCGAUCCUUGAAGUCCCGAGUGGGUGUGGCCCGGUCGGGGUCCUGGACGAGGCUGGGUGGGUUCCAUAUCCAGGGGGUCUGAGGUGGAGCAUUCUCAUCCUCGGGGGGUGGUGCAUGGCUCUCGGUCCUGGGUACCAUGCCCUCGAGGCCUAGCCCGUUGUCCGUCAGCUUUGUCUGCCAGUAGCUCGGUGAAGCGGGGCGGGGGACUCGCUUGUAGGGGUUGUAGUUGGCCUGGGCCUGCUGCUGAGCGGCGAGGCCGCCCCAUGCGCCACCGGGAGCCCAGCCUGGGGCCUGGACUGCGGGGUUGUAUGACCAGAAGCCGGCCUUCCACUGGGGAGGCGCGUUUGCGCCCUGGGGUGGAGGUGGAGGACCGGGGUAGCCUGGAGGGAGCUGUACUCCCGCGGCCGGUGGGGGCCAAGGGCCCUGCCAGCCAGGGGGCAUCGGAUGCUGCUGACCGAUGGCGGGGUUGGGAUUCCAACCCACCUGAGGCUGGGACAUGUUGGAGAUUGGGUCUCCUAGACUUGAAGAUCGGGAAUUGAAGCGCAAAAAUUAAAGCGGUGAUCUUUGAACGUGGCUGAGCUCAGUCGCGAUUACGCGCUCGCCGUGAGGCCGUUCGUGUUUGGUGCCUUUUCUUAUGCGAGCCAGGCGGUGUGGGGCAGAUGGUGCAAAGUGUGUUGCGCGUAUGUCAGAUGAGAAAAGCGUUGGAGCGAGGUGUCCAUGCACUGUGAAUGGACGAAUAGACAACAAAAGGGAUGUCGUUGUUGUGCCUGUAUCCCGCAGAGAAGCCGACUGUUGGGCUGGCAGGUUCCAGAUUCGAGAAGGCAGCUAAAACGUGUUCCUCCCGCCAAGUCCCGCUGUACGUAUUCUGUGUCCCGAAUUCUGUCCGCCUCAAGGCAGCUGCCGCACCGCUUCGGUCUGCUUCAGCUCAAGGCAGGAGGCGUACCAGUUGGACG